AUGGAAGAACCGAACAUAGAGUUCAUAGAAUCGUUCCUUUCUAAAUACAAAGGAGGCGAAAUAAAACUACAAAAACAAUAUUGGGACGAGGGCAUAGCCCUGAUUUGCAUAAAUCACGUCGAAAAGAAGAAUGCAAUCAGUGGCAAAAUGAUGGUAGAUUUAAGAACCUGCAUAAAAGAAUUAGAGCAAUGGCGAACCGGCAAAGCAGUCAUCAUGUACGGAGCAGGAACAAAUUUCUGCUCCGGCGGCGAUUUGGCCUUCGCCCGCGCGGAAUCCAACCCAACAGCCGGCUCCUACAUGAGCCUCUACAUGCACGAAACGCUCAAAAAAUUCAGAAACCUCCCCUUCGUCACCUUCAGCCUGGUGCACGGCCCCGCUCUAGGCGGGGGAUCCGAACUGGCGGUUUUCUGCGAUUACACCAUAGUUUCUGAUACCGUUCAGCUGGGAUUCGUGCACGAGAAAAUGGGCAUCAUCACCGCUUGGGGAGGCACCAGCAGGUUGGUUAGGAUCGUGGGAGAAAGAAGAGCUUUGGAGAUGCUCUUGUCCGGUGGAAUCCACGAUGCUCGAGAUUGUUUCAACAUCGGUUUGGCUUAUAAAAUAGUUAGGAAUGAUAGGAGAUUGGAAGAAACUCUGGAUUUCGUUAGGACUUUCACCAAUUCGCACUACUCGGUGUUGCAAUCGUACAAGAGAAUCGCCAAUUCCGACGGGGAGUCGAGCUUCGGGGAGGCCCUGCGGGUGGAGAGGAACGAGUUUUGGCCCAAAUGGGGCUCGGAGGUGAACAAGGAAGCGCUACAUCGGAACAUAAAACACUUGUAA